AGUUUGAGCUGUUUAAUAAAAAGGACAGGAAAGGCAGAAACUGAGUAAAAUAAAUUAGUCUGAAGUACCUGCUGUCCUGGACUGAUUUCUUAGGGGGUCUUACUGUCACUCAGCCUAGGAUACUGAGAUGAGUGGAGAAACACUGGAGUCAUCAGAGUCUCGUAACCGAACGGAGCAGCAGGAUGGAGGUAAUGAGAGAAAUGUCUUGGAUUUCAGCAGACAGAUUAAAACAGAAGACCUCAGUGAUUCAAUACAGCCAUCCCUACCACACCGACCGUGUCAUCUCCCCCAAGGUUCCAUGGUGUCUGGAGGGCAAAUGCCAGGGGACCUACCUCCUCUACACCCACUUCAGCAGCUUGUUCUGGUUCCAAGCCACCUACAGCCGACAUCACAGUUCCUACUGUCUCAAGCCCAGUCAGGACAGCAAGCACUGCUCCAAUCAAAUUUGCUGUCUCUCCCACAGCAGCAAGGCAGUCUCCUGUCAUCUCAACCAGGACUUGGGCUGACACCUCAGUCUGUGGGGCGUGCAGGCCUGGCAGGAUCUGCCUUAGACUCCCAUUUAGAAAUGCCACCACAUCUGCAAGCUCCAAAGCACAUAAGUACGUCAUCACAGUCUGAUGAACCCAGUGAUCUUGAAGAACUGGAAAAGUUUGCAAAGACUUUCAAACAAAGGAGAAUCAAACUAGGCUUUACUCAGGGUGAUGUUGGCUUAGCAAUGGGUAAACUCUAUGGGAAUGACUUCAGUCAGACAACUAUUUCCCGGUUUGAGGCACUGAAUCUUAGUUUUAAGAACAUGUGUAAACUGAAACCAUUAUUGGAAAAAUGGCUGAAUGAUGCAGAAUCUUCGCCUUCUGACUCUCCUGUAGUUAAUCCUACCCCCUUCCCACCUCUGAGUGAUAUGUUUGGAAGGAAAAGGAAGAAGCGUACCAGUAUUGAAACAAACAUACGCCUGACACUGGAGAAACGAUUUCAAGAUAACCCAAAGCCCAGUUCUGAAGAAAUUUCCAUGAUUGCAGAGCAAUUGACUAUGGAGAAGGAAGUUGUACGAGUCUGGUUCUGCAACCGGCGGCAAAAGGAAAAAAGAAUUAAUUGUCCUAUAUCAGGCUCUCUAAAACAGCCCAUAUACAACUCCAGACUGGUUUCAACACCAGGAUCAAUUGGACCUCUCAGCGUUGCACAAGUACACAGUACCAUGAGUGGAACAGUGAUGUCCUCGUCGUCUCCUGGAAACUCCAGUAGACCUUCUUCACCAUGCCCAGCAGUUACACCACAGAGCAGCUCUCAAAUGGCCCUCAGCUCAUCAGGUCUGAACUCCACAGGAUCCUGGUAUCGGUGGAGUCACCUCUCCUAUCCUCACUGAGCCUUCUAAAGAGAGUCAUCAUGUUAUAAAACCUGUUUGCAACAGUAAAGGAAGUGCCAUCAGUUGGGUCAGUUGGCAGCAGUAAUAUGCAUCCACAAGAAUUCAACCAGGGAAACAUCCGAGCUUGGCUUUGUAUUGUAUAAUUAACCUGGGCUUCCAGAGACAAUCACGUUCUCACAAAUCGUGUCCUCUCUGGACUUGUAAACACUGAUGUAACUUGCUUGACUAUCAUGAACCUAAACACAAGAAAUCAUGAUUUCAUCUUUGCAGAAAGAAACUCUCUGCAUCUCUGACCAGCUACUGUUUGAUAACAUACUUAUUUAUAGCAAUAAUGUUUAUAUAGUGCUGUGAUGUUUUUGUUACAGAAUGGGGGGAUGUUGUGUAAAAAAAAUUGUCUACAUUUUUAAACUGAAAACAUUAGUCUAGGUAUACAACAAUGUCAUGCACCCACUAAAAUGUUAGGUUGCUGAAUAUAAACUCUUCAUGCCAAUUAUCACAUGCCUAGUAUUUCAGGUAGUCCAUAUACUGACUUAUUUGUCCUGUUGUAGAAAUAUUUGGUCAGUGAGAACUGAAAUCGUAUUGCUUAAAUGCAUUGCCCUCAGGAUGCUGCUUUUUUGAAACGGGUGCACUUAGAAAAUAAUGUACAUGUGUCCCUUUAAACAAAUCCCAAAGUGAUUUUUUUUUCCAGUUUCUUGGAAACCUACAACUACACCAAGAUUCAUAACUGAAACAUUGCUCUAUAAGAAAGCUGAAAAUAACAGUUCACUUAAUUUGGGUGACAUGCUUGUAUAACAAAAAAGCAUUUGCCUGCAGCUUACAGUGUUAGUUGACAUACUGUGAGUAAAUGCAACUGCCACUCAACCUACCAUAGCAAAAGUUACAAAUAAAAGCAAACUAUGUGACUCAGUUUCCAUGUUGCAAGCAGAAGUCCUAAAGCUGUGGUUUCUAUGUCACAAGUGCACAGCACAACUUUAUGGCUAUGAAACUAUAUAUUGGACUAUCAAAAGAUAUAUUCAGAGAUGUGAUCAUAACCAUCAUUACAAGAUUUUAACUGAUUGUAUAUUGCUUAAUGGCAGCAGGUUGAAAGCUGUAUAUAAGACACCCUCUGAACUGUUUGCAGUUGGGUAUCUGUUUCUGAGCUAGCAUGUUUAACUAGAAAGCUCUAACAAUGUUAGUCAGUUUGCAUAAGCUCUGUAUGUCUGCAUGGUUAAUGCUGUGGGAAAUUGUGGCAAUUUAUCAAAGCAUUGUGUUUAAAUUCUUCAUUCAAUUUUAAUGUCAAAAGUAAUCCAGUUUGAACACUCAAACGUAUUAAUUUUAUUUUCUAAUUGUACCCAUAGCCGGCCUUAGGCAUAGGCCAACUAGGCGGCCACCUAGGGCGCCGGUCUAGUAGGGGCACUUUUCCAGUAUUUAUUUGGUGUAGGUAGACUAGGAUGGGGGCACCGGGUGGUGGCGUGGGGGGUGCCAUGGAGCCCUUUUGCCUAGGGCACCAGUUGACCUAAGGCCGCUCCUGAUUGUACCUGCUUGUUUGUUUAUACCAUUCCAUCAAUUCUUUUGAUGAAGUAAUAGCAUUAAUAUGAAGGAACAGAGCACAAAAGUAGAAUAAGGUCUUGGUUUUAUACCACUACCGUUAGCAAAAAUGGUCAGACCUUCAUCCACAUCUACAACAAUAUGUUUGAAAAUAAAAGCAAAGCUUGCCAUAUCACAAGUUUUUAUAGAAUCUAUAAGAAUACUUUUUAUGCCUUUGACAGCUAUGGUCCAUCAUCAUUUUGCAUUUGUAUGUGGUGUUUUGUUUAGUGUAUAUAAUUUUAAGCUAAUAAUUUUAUUAAACUUCUGGUUAUUAAAUUGUUGGAUAAUUAUUUGAAGUAUUUUGGAUAUGUCUGUACGUUUCUUCUUUGGCACCAUUUAAAUAAAAGCUGUAUACUGCUUGAGGUCUGGAUUAAACUGAAACCAUGCUACCAAAAGUC